AAUCCAUCACCCAGACGCUCCAAUAUCAUGGCAACCAAAUUGGCACCGGAGCAAGUAAUUCCUUCAGACGAGAUCAAGUCUAUGUCGAUAUCUGAUGCGCCUGAAGACCAACAAAUGACUGUUGCCGAGAGGUGCAAGCUGAUUUUAACCGUUGGGGAGCAGUGUACUAAAGAAGACGAGCUUCGGAAUCUGCUUGAACGCAAGCCUGAACCCAUCGCCUACGACGGGUUCGAACCCUCGGGGAGGAUGCACAUUGCUCAGGGAGUUAUGAAAGCAAUCAACGUGAACAAGCUCACGAAAGCCGGCUGCAGGGUGAAGAUUUUGAUUGCAGACUGGUUCGCGAAGAUGAACAACAAAAUGGGGGGUGACAUGCAAAAGAUUGAGACCGUGGGACACUACUUCAUUGAGGUUUGGAAAUCUAUAGGAAUGGACCUUGAAAAAGUGGAGUUUGUGUGGUCUUCGAAGGAGAUUAAUUCGAGGGCACAUGAGUACUUGCCUCUUGUUAUGGACAUUGCAGGACGAAACUCGAUAGAGAGGAUGAAGAGAUGUACACAAAUUAUGGGUCGAGAAGCCGGUGAUAACAUGCCUUUAGCACAAGCCAUGUACCCAUGUAUGCAAUGUGCAGAUGUAUUCUUUUUGAAGGCCGACAUCUGCCAAAUGGGAACGGAUCAACGCAAAGUGAACAUGCUUGCGAGAGAGUACUGCAAUCAAAUACAGAAGAAGGACAAGCCUGUGAUCUUGUCGCAUCGGAUGCUGCCCGGCUUGAAGGAAGGGCAGAAUAAGAUGUCGAAAAGUGAUGAGUCCUCCGCCAUAUUCAUGGAAGAUGAUGAAGCCCAAGUGAACUUGAAAAUCAAGAAAGCUCACUGCGUUCCCGGAGAGGUCAAGGGAAAUCCGUGUUUGGAGUAUGUGCAGCACCUGAUUUUCCCAUGGUUUAAUGAGUUUGUUGUGGAGCGAAGCGAAAAAAAUGGCGGAGACAUCACUUUCACAAACUUUGAACAGCUGAGUAAUGCUUAUGCAAGCGGCCAGCUUCAUCCUGGCGACCUGAAACCGGCAUUGGCGAAAUCCUUGAACAAAAUGUUGGAGCCGGUAAGAUCACACUUUAAGAAUGACCCGACUGCAAAGCAGCUACUACGAAGUGUGAAGAGCUUCAGAGUCACCAGGUGAUCAAUACCAGCACUCUUCCUCCUCUUUCACGAUGGUCCUGUCCUCUCCACUAAAAUCUAUCGACAUUUUAUGGUUAAUAAAGGCUUUUGUUCUCACUUUUUUGCAACACUUUAUAUUGAUGGCUGUGACUUGAAUAGAAUGGUUCCCUCAGACACCUUGUCGAUCGAAUCCCGAAUCCCUUAUGCGCCAUAAUCUUUGUUAGUUGAUGAACUACUAGUUAUACUCUUGUCAAGGCAUAUAUAAACAACUUAUCUCUCACCAAUAAAUUAAGAACAACGGCCCUAACUCUCAACAGCCCCAACUCAUCUUGGCAUGAAAAAGAACAUGCCUUCAUGAAUAAAAGUAGGAAAAAGAAGUGUAAAGACACGCAGUCGUUAAUCACUAUACUUGUUUUCCAAAACGGCGUGUAUA